UAAUGAGAUCACGUGCAUAGGCCGGGACUUGCACGUGAGCAGCAAUUCCCCGCCAACAUUAGGUUUUCUGCUCCGACUUAUAAAUCCAACGAGAACCACCGGAGUAUGGAAGAAUCAGAGACGAGUAUGGAAGUGCGUAGCUUAACGGGUGAAUCCAUAGUUGUCUCCAUUUUGCCGAACAAAACCAUUCAAGAACUCAAGCAACUCCUCAAGAAAACAUUCCCACCGGCUUCAAUUUCCCCAAAUUUCCAUCUCUUUCACAAGGGUGUCAAAUUGGGUUUAGAGAGUAGGAUAAGUGACCAUUCAGUUGGGAGUGGGGAAUUUCUAGUACUUGUUCCCUAUACAAAGAAAGACAGAAACAGAACAAGAAAACUGAGAUACCUGCAACUUCAUCUAUCCCAGUUGAUGAUUUCUGUCAACUAUGAUGUAGGCGUGUUUUCGUAUUUUGUUUUCUUGAAAGUUAUGGUAUACCCCCACACAACAGACACUCUUUCUUGAAACCUUGCCUCAUUUGUUUUUCUCCUUUCAUAUUCAUAUUUUGUGCUAUUUUCUUG